AAAACAAACAUAUAUUUUGCUAAUUAUUUCGUCUCUUAUCAAGCUUCAAUAAAAUUAAAAUUUUUCGCAAAGGAAAAAAUAGAUUACUCAUCAUUCUGUAGUGCUUUUCGUCUUGAAAAUAAGAAAAAAAAACUACAACGAAUGGCCCUAAUCAACAUCGAUGGAGAUCCGUGGCUAGGAGAUUUGGACGCCUGCGAACGACUGAGCAAUGAAAUUCAAUCCCAGCUGGUAUCUCGCAACCGCCAAAACAGUUUGUCCCGCGAAUACUCUUCGAUUUCCGGCCAGACCAGGGUACGGUUGAAGCAGUUCGGAUCGGAACUGGAACAGCUGAACAAGAAGCUAAACUACAUCUCCGGUUCGCUGACGUCGGCCGAAACGGAACGCAGACAGCGGCUGGUUGAGGCUCUACAGUCAAAGCUAGUUCAGCUGCAGCGGCAGUUUAGCACUGUCGAAGCUUCGGCAGAGCGAGCCAGUUUGUUUGCCUCAGACAACAACCGGUUGUUCGACGAUGAUGACGAUGAUCCGGCGUUAAUUAGACCGGAGGCAAGCUAUACUGUAGCGGAUUUACGGGCGCAGCAGACGCGAAUAUUGGAAGAUCAAAACGAGGGAUUGGAAGCAUUGUCGCGGGUCAUAUCCAGACAGAAAGUUCUAGCUACUCAGAUUGGAAGUGAAGUUGACCGUCACAAUGAAAUAUUGGACAAUCUGGCUGACACGAUGGAAACGACGGAUGCCCGGUUGAACCGAGAGACACAUCAAAUCGGUAUCGUUACCGUGCAAGAUUCGACCUGGGGCUAUUGGACAGUGAUUGGAAUUCUAGCGGUGGCUAUUAUCAUAGUGGCCAUUCUUUAGCUAAUGGUGCUCGGUUUCCUAGUCGAAGACACGGUUCGAACUGGAACGGGUGUGUAUGUAUAGAAAACAAUUUUUUUGAGCAAUGCUGGUAAAAAUGAACACUAUUCAGAUAAAAUGCAUGUCCUUAUAAGUAUCUUAUAUUUUAUCACCGGUAACUUUGUAUAAUACAUAAUAUGUUAUAAUCAAAAAUCUUUCAAUUAUACAUUAAUAUCAAUAAUUGGGCCCACGAGGGUCAUAUUGGCACUGUAAGAUUAGAUGAAAAUAUAUCAAUGAUUUCAAUUCGGA